AGGGGUCAGGGUUCCGGGGUUCUCUUAAGAUCUCAGUCAGGAAGUGUGUCCUGCCUGCUGCAUCGCCACUCAUCACCUGGUGAAACUGACGCACACUGGCACCAACCUCUCAGUGGACAAUUAAACAGGAAGCGAGGAGAGACAGGCUCAUUCACACAGAGUAAGACUGGGCAAAGCCAUUGUGAUUCUGACGAGAAAACCACACACUAGCUCUAUGCAGAGAACACCCAUAGCAAAGAGCAUCACACAUACCUCCUGUACAGCACGCUCGAAUGGACAGUUUUGUUGGUAGGUGUGAAAACCAAUGAGACCAUUGCAAAUAAAGUGAAAUUUGUGACGGCUGAAUUUGAUAUUUCACUUCUUCAUAUAGAGGGAAGACUGCUGAGUUUUUUUUCUUCAUAUUGUAUGUUCCAGUGACUUUCACAUCUUCAAAAUCAAAUCUUCAAUUAAAGGAGGGUAAGGACAUUUUCAUUAAUGCAUUUAAUGUAAUUUAUGUUUGACAGUGUAUAACCAAGCAUUUUGUUAAAAAAAAUUAAAACAUGUUUUAGUCAUUUUAGCAGACGCUCUUAUCCAGAGCGACUUACAUGAGCAAUUAGGGUUAAGUGCCUUGCUUAAGGGCACAUCGACAGAUUUUUCACCUAGUCGGCUCGGUUACUGCCACAACGCUCUUACCCCACUAAGCUACCUGCCGCCCUCAGAUUACUUUUUCAAUGAAUGGCCUAAAGUACAGCACAUUCUUUGUGAGCUGUCCGAAUCAGACUGAAUCAAUGCAGAUGUAUGUAGGGACUGAGUGUAUUUUCAGGGAUUCGACUCAAAUCUCUCACGAAGUUGUUGAAACGUGAUCUAAAAGGGAUCCAUCUCCUCUGAGUAUCGGUCUACAAACCCCUAUGGUUCCAACUUUGAAAAUAUGCCUUGGUUGCCAUAGCACCUGUUACAGCACUGAAUGUCAUUCUAAACUGUUUGGACUCCCAAUGUAAAGCGGCAGGGACACAGAGACAGACAGACGGACGGAGGUUGUAAGAAGUGACUGCCACUGUAAAUUGUACAGUCUAACAUCAGCAUAUCUUGUAAUCGCUCUGUAUAGAGGACUAAACUGGUGGUCAGUUUAUUUUGGGUUCACUGGAAGGUUUAGAAAACAGCCUUUUGCUGAUUGGAGAAAAAGAUGACUAAAGUUACAAUUUGACUUUGAAUACAUAACUCAUUAACUUUAUGUAUUUACAUUGUCCAAAUUAAUAUUGACAUUUUAAAACAUGCAUUCUGAAGGGUCUUUGUGAAAAGUGACCUCUAAUUGCGUUAGAAGUUACUUGCAUGUGUUGUACUCAUUUUGUAUGUCACCGGUUGGAAACCAACAAACCACAUAACCUCUCUCUCUCUCUCUCUCUCUCUCUCUCUCUCUCUCUCUCUCUCUCUCUCUCAAUUUCAAUUCAAUUUAAGGGCUUUAUUGGCAUGGGAAACGUGUGUUAACAUUGCCAAAGCAAGUGAAGUAGAUAGUAAACAAAAGUGAAAUAAACAAUAAAUAUUAUGUAUAUAUACAGUGUUGUAACAAUGUGCAAAUAGUUAAACUACAAAUGGGAAAAUAAAUAAACAUAAAUAUGUGUUGUUUUUACAAUGGUGUUUGUUCUUCACUGGUUGCCCUUUUCUUGUGGCAACAGGUCACAAAUCUUGCAGCUGUGAUGGCACACUGUGGUUUUUCACCCAGUAGAUAAGGGAGUUCAUCAAAAUUGGGUUUGUUUUCGAAUUCUUUGUGGAUCGCUGUAAUCUGAGGGAAAUAUGUGUCUCUAAUAUGGUCAUACAUUUGGCAGGAGGUUAGGAAGUGCAGCUCAGUUUCCACCUCAUUUUGUGGGCAGUGUGCACAUAGCCUGUCUCUCUCUCUCUCUCUCUCUCUCUCUCUCUCUCUCUCUCUCUCUCUCUCUCUCUCUAUCUCUCUCUCUCUCUCUCUCUCUCUCUCUCUCUCUGUCUCUCUCUCUCUCUCUCUCUCUCUCUCUCUCUCUCUCUCUGUCUCUCUCUCUCUCUCUCUCUCUCUCUCUCUCUCUCUCUCUCUCUCCCUCUCUCUCCCUCUCUCCCUCUCUCUCAUUGGUGAAUGCAUGUUGUGUUGCUAUGGGGAAAUAGAGGCCAUACUGCUCAUCCAUUGUUUUUUAUUAUCUUUCUCUCCAGAGUAGUGCUGGGCGCGAGGAUGUUCAAGGGAAUGCUUCCAUUGUUGGGCCACUCUGUAUCCUUCAUUAAUAGCUCCAUUAAUGUGGCCUGUGAUAGGCAUUGUGAGUUUCUCUCUGCCUGCUCAGAUAGGUCACUAAACAGAGGGCUUCCAUUAAGGAGUUUACACUGAGCUUGCUAUGAUCCGACAGCGUUCACGCUCGAUAAAUGGCACUGUGAUUAGACCCGCGGGUCGGAUAAAAUCUACUCUACUGGUGGAGAUGUUAUAACAGUCACACAAACUGGAAUAAAAUCAUGCUUUUCCUGCUGUGUGCGGCGUCAUGUCGUUGACUGGCAAUGCAAUCAUGUUUUACUAAGGAGAAAGAGUUCUAAUACAUACAUUCAAAAACAAAAACAAAACAAAAAAAAACGGCGUAAAUAUUCACUGCUAAUAACCUUCUCGCUAUAGCAAAACAUUUCCAGAAAUAUUGAACAGAAUGUUCUCUAUUUCUGUAAAUUGUAAUACAGCAGAUGUUUUUUGUAUGGUGAAGGGAAAUCAACCAGCAGUGUUCUUUACAUUGUUUGAUGUAUUCACCCUGUAAUAUAGGCUCCGCCCUCCCGCCUCACCUACUCCAACCAACUUGACUAGGAUCUAAAUAUAAAUAUGCUGUGAGACGUAGGAUGUAGCAACAUUAUAUAAUUAAUGGACAUUUUUUGUAUGGGUUGAUACAUUUUUCAUCAGGGAAAAUCUGUCUGAAAUUUUCAAAGUGGAUAUUACAAACUUCAGAAGCAUUUUUAAACCUAAAAUACAUUAAAUGUCCUGCAUCGCAGGAAAGUUAUCCUGCAACAGGGUGAUCGAAUUAAGAUCCUAUAUCUGUACAGCAAAAUAACUUAAAAUAAAAUAAAAUAAAAUCACAUUUUAGUCGUCACAUGCUUUGUAAACAACAGGUGUAGACUAACAGUGAAGCGCUGACUUACAGGCCCUUCCCAACAAUGCAGAGAGAAAGAAAAUAGAGAAACAAUAGAAAAGUAAAACACAUAAUAAUACAAUGAAUAAUAAAUACACAAUGAGUAACGAUAACUUGGCUAUAUACACGGGGUACCAGUACCGAGUCGAUGUAAUUGAGGUAGAUUUGCACAUAUAACUGUCAACUACGUGACGAACAGCGCCGGAAGAAGAUGGCUGCCGUUUUACAGCCCUCUAACCAAUUGUACCAAUUGUACUACUAUGUGUGUUUUUCCGCGUUAUUUGUAAUUUAUUUUGUACAUAAUGUUUCUGCCAUCGUCUCUUAUAACCAAAGAGAGCUUCUGGAUAUCAGGACAGCGAUUACUCACCUCGCGUUGGACGAAGACUUUUUCUUCAACGAGGCGUUCGCGAAGGAUAUUCUACAGACUCCCGACAAGGCCCAGAUCCCCGUCAUUCGCGUGAGGAAGAGACGGAGAUAUCGUGGACGCAGAUCCGGGUGCCUUGUAAGGAUCCGACAUUGUUUUUUGAUGUAUUUUCACCCUUUUUUUUUUUUUUUUUAAUUACUCCCCCCCCUUAAAAAAAUAAAAAAAUUUAAAUUUUUGUUAAUGGGUUUAAACCCCUUUUAAUAAGGUUUUUUGAUGGGUUUAAAUUUUUUCAAGGGAAAAUGGAAAUUUUAAAUUUUUAAAAACCCCAAACUUUUUUAAAACCAAAAAAAUUUAAAAUUCCAGGGGAAAUUAUUUUUGCAACCCGGGGUGUUGGGACCAAUUUACAAAAAUUUUUUUUUUCCCAUUUAUGUAGUUUGAAACAAACUGUAACUACGUAAACGAUUACGGGCCCCCAAAAGAGAGGAAAAAAAAAUGGCUGGUUUUAAAACCCUUUCUAAAAUUAAAAAAAGGGGUCUAACUUGGGUUUUUUAAAAAAAUUUUUUUGGUCCCAUAAGUUUUUAUGAUAUUUUCCUAAACCCAAAGGGGAAAAAGCCCCGGAAAAAGGCCCCUUUUACCCCCCUUGCCCAAUUUCCUCUCCAUCAAUCCUAUUAGCCAAUGUUCAAUCUUUUGAGAAUAAAAUUGACGAUUUAAGAUUACGGUUAUCCUACCAACGGGACAUUAAAAACUGUAAUAUCUUAUGUUUCACGGAGUCGUGGCUGAACGACAACAAUGACAACAUUCAGCUAGCAGGCUAUACGCUACAUCGGCAGGACAGAACGGCAAACUCCGGUAAGACGAGGGGUGGCGGUCUCUGUAUAUUUGUAAACAACAGCUGGUGCACAAAAUCAAAUACUAAGGAAGUCUCGAGGUUUUGCUCGCCUGAGGUAGAGUAACUUAUGGUAAGCUGUAGACCACACUAUUUACCAAGAGAGUUUUCAUCUAUAUUUUUCAUAGCUGUCUAUUUACCACCACAAACCAAUGCUGGCAUUAAGAUUGCACUGAAUGAGUUGUACAAGGCCAUUAAUCAACAGGAAAACGCUCAUCCAGAUGCAGCGCUCCUAGUAGCCGGGGACUUUAAUGCAGGGAAACUUAAAUCCGUUCUACCUCAUUUCUACCAGCAUGUUAAAUGUGCAACCAGAGGGGAAAAAACUCUAGACCACCUUUACUCCACACACAGAGACGCAUACAAAGCUCUCCCUCGCCCUCCAUUUGGCAAAUCUGACCAUAACUCUAUCCUCCUGAUUCCUGCUUAUAAGCAAAAACUGAAGCAGGAAGCACCAGUGAUUCGGCUAAUAAAAAAGUGGUCAGAUGACGCAGAUGCUAAGCUACAGGACUGUUUUGCUAGCACAGACUGGAACAUGUUCCGGGAUUCUUCAGACAGCAUUGAGGAGUACACCACAUCAGUCACUGGCUUCAUCAAUAAGUGCAUCGAUGAUGUCGUCCCCACAGUGACCGUACGUACAUACCCCAACCAGAAGCCAUGGAUUACAGGAAACAUCCGCACUGAGCUAAAGGGUAGAGCUGCCGCUUUCAAGGAACGGGACUCUAACCCGGACGCUUAUAAGAAAUCCCGCUAUGACCUCCGACGAACCAUCAAACAGGCAAAGAGUCAAUACAGGUCUAAGAUUGAAUCAUACUACACUGGCUCUGACGCUCGUCGGAUGUGGCAGGGCUUGAAAACUAUUACAGACUACAAAGGGAAGCACAGCCGCGAGCUGCCCAGUGACACAAGCCUACCAGACGAGCUAAACCACUUCUAUGCUCGCUUCGAGGCAAGCAACACUGAAGCAUGCAUGAGAGCACCAGCUGUUCCGGACGACUAUGUGAUCACGCUCUCCGUAGCCGAUGUGAGUAAGACUUUUAAGCAGGUCAACAUUCACAAGGCCGCAGGGCCAGACGGAUUACCAGGACGUGUACUCCGAGCAUGUGCUGACCAACUGGCAAGUGUCUUCACUGACAUUUUCAACAUGUCCCUGACUGAGUCUGUAAUACCAACAUGUUUCAAGCAGACCACCAUAGUCCCCGUGCCCAAGAACUCUAAGAUAACCUGCCUAAAUGACUACCGACCCGUAGCACUGACGUCUGUAGCCAUGAAGUGCUUUGAAAGACUGGUCAUGGCUCACAUCAACAGCAUAAUCCCAGAAACCCUAGACCCACUCCAAUUUGCAUACCGCCCCCAACAGAUCCACAGAUGAUGCAAUCUCUAUCGCACUCCACACUGCCCUUUCCCACCUGGACAACAGGAACACCUACGUGAGAAUGCUAUUCAUUGACUACAGCUCAGCAUUCAACACCAUAGUGCCCUCUAAGCUCAUCACUAAGCUAAGGAUCCUGGGACUAAACACCUCCCUCUGCAACUGGAUCCUGGACUUCCUGACGGGCCGCCCCCAGGUGGUAAGGGUAGGUAACAACACAUCUGCCACACUGAUCCUCAACACGGGGGCCCCUCAGGGGUGCGUGCUCAGUCCCCUCCUGUACUCUCUGUUCACCCAUGACUGCAUGGCUAGGCACAACUCCAACACCAUCAUUAAGUUUGCCGACGACACAACAGUGGUAGGCCUGAUCACCGACAACGAUGAGACAGCCUAUAGGGAGGAGGUCAGAGAUCUGGCCGUGUGGUGCCAGGACAACAACCUCUCCCUCAACGUGACCAAGACAAAGGAGAUGAUUGUGGACUACAGGAAAAAAAAGAGGACUGAGCACGCCCCCAUUCUCAUCGAUGGGGCUGUAGUGGAACAGGUUGAGAGCUUCAAGUUCCCUGGUGUCCACAUCACCAACGAACUAUCAUGGUCCAAACACACCAAGACAGUCGUGAAGAGGGCACGACAAAGCCUAUUCCCCCUCAGGAGACUAAAAAGAUUUGGCAUGGGUCCUCAGAUCCUCAAAAAAUUCUACAGCUGCACCAUCGAGAGCAUCCUGACUGGUUGCAUCACCGCCUGGUAUGGCAACUGCUUGGCCUCUGACCGCAAGGCACUACUCUCUCUCUCUCUCUCUCUCUGUCUCUCUCUCUCUCUGUAUCUCUCUCUCUCUCUCUCUCCCUCUCUCUCUCUCUCUCUCUCUCUCUCUCUCUCUCUCUCUCUCUCUCUCUCUCUCUCUCUCUCUCUCUCUCUCUCUCUCUCUCUCUCUAUCAUUGGUGAAUGCAUGUUGUGUUGGCCAUACUGCUCAUCCAUUGUUUUAAUUAUCUUUCUCUCCAGAGUAGUGCUGGGCGCGAGGAUGAACGGCAGCCAUUCAAACCUGUCUCUGAAGUGUGUGCGUGACACCAGCGUGACGGCAGUGGUCUUCCCCUGGCUCUACAGCGCCCUCUUCCUGUUUGCUCUGGUACUGAACUGCCUGGCUGCAUGGAUCUUCUUCAACAUCCGCAGCACCACCACCUUCGUGGUCUACCUGAAGAACGUAGUAAGGGAACCAGCAUUUAUUUUCUGUGAUAACACCAAUUUAGUCCGACUGUCAGGAAUGGUUGAACGACAUGACUGAUAACUGACGUGAUGGCCUGUCUGUCCACAGGUGGUGGCAGACCUGCUGAUGACUCUGUCCAUCCCAGUGAAGGUCCUGGCGGACGCCGACGUGGGCUCCUGGCGUCUGCGUGCGUUCUACUGUCGCUACUCUGCUGUCCUCUUCUACACCACCAUGUACAUCAGCAUCCUGCUCCUGGGGCUCAUCAGCCUUGACCGCUACCUCAAGAUAGUCAGGUCCUUUAGGAAGUGCGCCCUCCAGAGGGUCGGGGUGGGACAGGCCUUGAGUGCGGCCGUCUGGGCUGUGGUGGUGUCUCUGUCUCUACCCAAUACCAUUCUGAGUGACCGCACACCGUCGCCCUCUGGUGGCCGGCUGAGGUGUAGCUCCAUGAAGGGUCAGGCCGGCAUGCUGUGGCAUGAGGGAUUCAGCUACUUCUGCCAGGUAAGGGCUACAUUCAUGUAGUUCAGCAUCAUUACCCUGAAUGGUAGCCUGGUGGUAGCACCUAUUUGUGGUUAAACAUUUUCCUUUUGCUUUUCUGCUGAUGUUGUUUGAUGCUGAGUCUUUCCCUCCUCUCCCCAGGUGGUGUUUUGGGGCACACUGGUUCUGAUGCUGUUGUGUUACACCUUCAUCAGUCGGAAAGUCUACGAGUCCUACAAAGCCUCGCGCAGUGGCUCCAAAGCAGCCAGCCGCAGGACCAAGGCCAAAGUCUUCGUGGUGGUGGGGGUGUUUUUCAUUUGUUUCGCCCCUUUUCAUUUCGCCAGGGUGCCCUACACUCUCACCCAGACCCGAAACAUAGCCAACCACUGCCAGGCGCAGAACGCACUCUACGUUGCCAAGGAAACCACUCUCUGGUUGUCUGCCACUAACGUGUGUCUGGACCCGCUGAUCUAUGUGUUCCUGUGCAGAGCUUUCCGGAAAAGAUUGGCAGACAUGCUCAAUCGCAAGCCCUUCCCCCAGGGCGCUUUGGAGUCAGCCACGGCAACCUCCACUCAGUGGGAGAUGUCACAGACUGUGCAUAACAGAACGUUAGAU